AUGUCUGCUCUCCGCUCGACUUCGCGCCUUUUCGCGGCCUCCAAGCCUCUGUUCCGUCCCGCUGUCUUCGCCCGCACCUAUGCGACCGUUGAUCCCGUAGCUCAGGUGAGCGCAACCGGCCAUGCCACGACUAGCGUCACCCCCGAGUCUAAGACCUCGACCGUACAGGAACCCACUCCCUCCGAGCAGCCUCGGAUCAAGAAGUUCCAGGUCUACCGCUGGAACCCCGACACUCCCUCCGAAAAGCCUCAGAUGCAGACCUACGAGUUGGAUUUGAACAAGACUGGUCCCAUGAUGCUUGAUGCGCUCAUCCGCAUCAAGAACGAAAUCGAUCCCACCCUGACUUUCCGGAGAAGUUGCAGAGAGGGUAUCUGCGGUAGUUGUGCAAUGAACAUUGAUGGUGUUAACACCCUGGCUUGCUUGUGCCGCAUUCCUACCGAUACUGCCAAGGAUUCUCGCAUCUACCCGUUGCCUCAUACCUACGUUGUCAAGGACUUGGUCCCCGAUUUGACCUACUUCUACAAGCAAUACAAAUCCAUCAAGCCCUACCUUCAGCGUGAUACCCCCACUGAGGAUGGACUUGAGUACCGCCAAAGCCCCGAGGAGCGCAAGAAGCUCGACGGUCUCUACGAAUGUAUUCUGUGCGCCUGCUGCUCGACCUCUUGCCCAUCUUACUGGUGGAACAGCGAGGAGUACCUCGGUCCCGCCAUUCUCAUGCAGUCCUACCGCUGGAUGGCCGAUUCCCGUGACGAGAAGACCGCCGAGCGUAAGGCCGCUUUGGAUAACAGCAUGAGCGUUUACCGUUGCCACACUAUUCUCAACUGCUCCCGGACUUGCCCCAAGGGUCUGAACCCUGCUCGGGCCAUUGCCGAGAUUAAGAAGAUGAUGGCUGCUCACUAG